AUCCAAAUGCUUUGUACCUAAUAUAAAUUCGGUCAAUGCACCACAAAUAGCAUUUCUCUUGCACGAAAAAAGAACUCUAUACCUUCAGCAAGAUGAAAGCCACUUCACUUGUCCACAAAAAUGCACAACUUACAACUCAAACUUUUUUCUUUGAUUUUGAGGGUACUCUGUUAAGGUCCACUUCACUAUUCCCUUACUUCAUGCUUGUUGCUUUUGAAGCUGGUGGGCUAUUAAGAUCUCUCAUCUUGUUCCUUUCAUACCCUUUGGUGUGGCUUUUGGGUGAAGACCAACUUGGUUUGUAUAUUAUGGUGUUCUUAUGCUUUUUCGGCAUAAAAAAGGACACAUUCAGAAUAGGAUCAGCUGUUCUUCCGAAAUUCUUCUUGGAAGAUGUUUGGUGGGAAGGAUUUGGAGCAGGAUUGUGUCAUGAGAAAAGGGUGGUGUCUACUAAGUUGCCUAGGGUCAUGGUUGAAGGCUUCUUGAGAGACUAUUUAGGAGUUGAAGAAGUUGUAGCAAGAGAGCUAAAAUCAUUGAAUGGGUACUUUUUGGGUUUGUUUGAGGAAAAGAAGGGAAAUAGCAUUACCAGCCUUUCACAAGAAGAUUUUGUUUGUACUAAAGAUAGCACUUUUGAGUACAUUCACGACCAAGAACUUUCCCCCUUUUUCAAGGAGGGUUAUUUAAUGUUGAAUUCAGAUGAAAGAAGAAACUGGCAUGCAGUUCCAAGAGAAAAGUACCCAAAGAAACUGAUCUUCCAUGAUGGAAGAAUGGCUUUCAGGCCCACCCCUGCUUCUUCUCUAGCUAUGUUCUUGUGGCUACCCCUGGGAUUAUUCCUUUCGCUCUUCAGAAUCACAUUCGGCAUUUUGUUACCCUUCAAUGUGUCAGCUCCAUUCUUAGCAUUCUCCGGUACAAGAACCACAGCUUCACGAACACCCCGGAAUGCUUCUCGGGAGAUGCCAAACGAAGAAGAAAACAAGAAGGGAAUCCUUUAUGUAUGCAAUCACAGAACUUUGCUUGAUCCGCUUUACAUUUCAUACGUUCUGGACAAACCUCUUUCCGCCGUCACGUAUAGUUUAAGUAGAUUAAAUGAGUUAGUGUCCCCCAUCAAGACGAUUCGACUAACCAGGGACAGAGAGAGAGACAAAGAGACAAUGGAGACCUUGCUGAGUCAAGGAAACCUUGUUGUGUGUCCUGAAGGGACAACAUGCAGGGAACCUUAUUUGCUAAGGUUUAGUCCCUUGUUUGCAGAAAUCACUGAUGAUAUUGUUCCUGUUGCUUUAGAUGUUAAGGUUAGCAUGUUCUAUGGUACAACAGCUAGUGGGCAUAAGUAUUUGGAUCCUUUUUUCCACUUGAUGAACCCAAAUCCUUCCUACUUUGUUAAGAUUCUUGAGCGGUUGCCAAAAACAGAAACAUGUCAUGGUGGUGGGAAAUCAAGGAUUGAUGUUGCCAAUUUUGUGCAGAAUGAGAUUGGGAAAGCGUUGGGGUUUACAUGCACAAGUUUCACUAGGAAAGACAAAUACAUGAUCUUGGCAGGUAAUGAUGGUGUCAACCAGAAACAGAGGGAGUUUUCUAAAUAACUGACUGGCUAUUUGUGUGUCGCAUUUGGAAAACAAAUAUUGUUCGGUAAACUUAUGGGAUUGGUGUCAAUAGUAUAUAUUAAAUUUUGACUAUU